AAAAAUUCCAACGUAACAAAAAUAGUUUAGAAGAAUAAAAUGGCAGAUAAUGUUAUGGAAUCUAAGAUAGAUGUCUUUGGGGAAAUCUUCUCCCGCUUGCCCUUGAAUUGUGUGGUUCAAUGUAAACUUUUAAACCAGAAUUUUAAAAGUAUGAUUUCUAAUUCUGAGUUUGCCCAAUUAUUGCUCCAACGUCAUAAAAACACUUCUACACAACUCAUCUAUACAGAAUAUGGUGAAGGAGCACGAAGAAGAUUCAACAAAAUCUCCUUAAACCCAAUCACUCAAUUUGAGUCGAGUACACCUGAUUAUAUGAAUAUAUUGGCCUCAUGUAAUGGUCUCAUUCUCAUUGACUUUCAUCUAGUUAGUCGUUACUGUGUUUUUAAUCCCGUGACUGGAGAGCACCAAUUGAUACCAUACCCAAUGGCGCCCUAUCCAAAUGGUAGAGGAAAAAUAAGUCUAGCGGUUGAUUACCCGAAUCCGAAUCAAUACAAAUUGGUAACCGUCAGUAGCUUUUUUGAAAAUUCCAACAUGUUAUACAAAUUUCACCUACUUUCAUCAGAGCAACCUCGCUUGUGGCGAGAAAUCCAACUGAGAACCAAUACUGUCCAAUAUUUAGCUUUUGGUAGUCAAGCUGUUUAUUGGCGCGGUUCUCUGUAUUUCCUUAGAAAGGACGGUAGUGUUUUAGCUUUUGAUACAAACAAAGAAGAGGCUAUACUAAUUGACCGUCCUGAGUUUCUUGAUAAUUUUGAUCACACCUAUGGUAAGAUUUUGAUUGGUCAGAGUAAAUGGCUAGGGAAGGUGCAAGGUUCACUUACCCUUGUAUGCGCUUACAGAAUGCACAUAGUCAUUGCUACUUAUUGCAGUACAAAGAGACGUUGGACGGUUUCCCACAAAUUUGCCAACUUUAUUUUAGGUCCACAAGGCUUUAUUCAUGGCUUCCCAUUAUGGAUCGAAAACAAGCAAGUGUCUUUUCUGGUACAACGUCCCUUGACACUGAAUUAUGAUCUAUACGAGCAUAAUACUAAUAUCAAUGGGUACGAACAUGCUGCAGUGUUGCACGGAGUUAAUUCUCUAAUGUAUUACUUCCAUCCAACGUUAGCUAGUGCCCAUCACACACCCUCUGAUGAUAUAGAUGCUGAUGAUCAGGAGCUUAUCGAUGCAAAUUUGGAUGACAUCAGAAGAUUUAUCAUCGAAGAUAUUCCCUUCCAAGAAAGUUCAUCAUCAUCAUCAUCAUCAUCGUUGUCAGAGGGAGAAGAAGAAGAAGGAGCAGCGGCAGGAGAAGGAGGAGAAGAAGAAAUAGUGUAAUAAACAUGGCUUUCUGCCCUUCACUAUCUUCAAAGAAGACUUCAAUUUGUUAUCUCUGGGAGAUUGAGGGCAUAAUUAACUAUUGUAAUAGACAUUUCCUAUAUGCAUUUUGAAUUAAAAAAAAAACUAUUUCUUUCUUUA